CGACCCUCCCCGGACCCCGCAACGCAUUUAUCAAACUUUCCUUUUAACGAUGUUGUAAGCGGAAUUAAUUAAUUGUUUAACAAGAAUCUAGUUUUGCUAUUUGAAAGUGUUGCUCCCAAAAUGAUCCCGAUAUAUUUUUUAACAAUUUUAUCCGGUGUGCUUUGCGUAACCGGUGAAAAGGUCCCCGUCACCGUUUACUACGAGUCGCUGUGCCCCGACUCGCGCAAGUUCUUCACGACUCAACUUCACCCGCUUCUACAGACCAACCUCUCCAAAUGGAUCGACUUAACCCUGGUGCCCUACGGCAAGAGCAACCAAACGCAAGUUUCGCCCGAGCAGUGGGAGUUCACCUGCCACCACGGACCGUACGAGUGUCACGGCAACAAGAUACACGGCUGCGCGCUCAACGUGAUCGAGAAGUCGGCGAAGACGCCCGACGGUUACGGCUUUAACCCGAUCACCUUGGACUUUCUCAAUUGCCUGAUGAACGCGACGACGAAGGGCAUGAAUCCGGACGACGGGUCCGACAAGUACGUGUUUCCGAUCGACGAUUGCGCCCGCGACAAUAGCGUUCCCAAUUACAUGUGGAUCGAGAACUGUGUCAAUCACAUCGACGGAUCAAAGUACCUGGCGGCCUUGGGAGAUCAGACCGUCAAAUUUCAGAGUCCGCUAUUGUCCGUACCGACCAUUGUGUUUAAUAAUCGCUACAGCAAACAAGAGUCAAACGACGCAUUUAAGUCCUUCGGUCAAAUUUUGUGCAAGCAUAUUGCAACACCGCCGGAAGAGUGUCAUAAUCGCGCUUUAAUCCUUAACGCCUCAUUUCUGUUGGUGGCCCUCACUUUUGGGAAAUUUUUAUUGUAAUUGUAUAAGUGUACUUAAUAAUGAUAUUUAGAUUUUAUACUCGCACGGUGCUUUUUAAAUUUGCAAAUAUUCCAAAAGGGGAUCAAAGUGUUGUACCGUCCUUUAAUAUACAAUUAGGGUAGUAAGUGGCACUUUCAUUUUAAAAGCAGCGCCCUCUGAGUAAGGCAGUCGAUAUUUAGACUACUAGUGCAGCUAAGUCUUACAGCUUAUUAUGCAAUUAUUAUUUUGUAGCAUCAUGUAUAUGUGAUAUUAACUGAAUCUCUAAUGAAAUUUUGA